AUGCAGACCUCAGGAACCCAAGACCAACCCGCUCAACCCCCAAAACAAGCAGCGUACGCCCAGUCCUCGAACCCCGUCUCACAGACGCCACAAGAGCAACGAGCACCGCAAGAGCAAAGAGCAACUACCGAACCAGUCCGACACCGCGGCGAUACAAUCGGGCCAAUUAAACGCACAGCCGAAUCCCGUCCCUCAAGCGACCAAGAGCGAGCUCGUCUAAGCACACAGCGCCAGCAGCAAGAACAGCAAAUGCAAAAUGCCCCCGACGUCGAUCUAGAAUAUGGCGUCGAGCAGCAGCCUGCUGAGGGAUAUAUUGCGGAUACGGUUCAGCGUAAGGGGAUGGGGAUGCAGCGCGCGCAGGCUGGAGCCCAUGCUGGUCCGGUUGGGAGUGCGGGUGGGCCUGGUCAUCCCGGUUUCGGGGAGGCGGACGACCUAGCGGCGAAUUUGGGAUCGAAGAGGGUUGAGCAUGAUCGGAUUCUUGGUGAUAGGGUUGGGAGGAGUCCGACUGAGCCUCAGGAGGGGGAUGUUGCUGAAAGGGAGGCUGUUCGACGACGUAAGUUGGAGCGGGAUGAGAAGUUAGAUGUGCAGGGGGCGAUUAAACAGGCUACUGGUGAUCCCGUGGUGGGUCAAUAG